AUGUCUAUUAAUAUUUGCAGAGAUAAUCAUGAUCCUUUUUACCGUUAUAAAAUGCCUCCUAUUCAGGCUAAGGUCGAAGGUAGAGGUAAUGGUAUCAAGACAGCUGUCUUGAAUGUUUCCGAUGUUGCUCGUGCUUUAAACAGACCAGCUCCAUACCUUGUUAAAUAUUUUGGUUUUGAAUUGGGUGCUCAGACAUCUAUUUCUGUUGAUAAGGAUCGUUAUUUGGUUAACGGUGUCCAUGAACCAGCUAAAUUACAAGAUGUUUUGGAUGGUUUCAUUGCUAAAUUCGUUUUGUGUGGUAGUUGUAAGAAUCCAGAAACUGAAAUUGUCAUCACAAAGGAUGAAGAUUUAAUUAGAGAAUGUAAAGCCUGUGGUAAGAGAACUCCAAUGGAUUUGAGAAAUAAAUUGUCUUCAUUUAUCUUAAAGAACCCACCUGAUUCUAUUGGUGGUAAGAAGAAGAAAUCCGCAACUGCUUCUGCCAACGUUCGUGGUGGUGGUGUUUCUAUUAGUGAUAUCGCUCAAGGUAAGUCUCAAUCUAGUGGUAGUGCUGGUACAGCUACCGAUUCCAUCAAAGAAGAUGACGACGAUGAUGAAUUAGCUCGUCAAAUCAAUGCUGCUGCCUCCAGUUUACAAGAAAUUGAAGUCAAAGAUGAUGAAUGGGCUGUAGACAUGUCUGAAGAAGCCAUCAGAGCUCGUGCUAAAGAACUACAAGUCGAUUCUGGUGCUGUCAGUCGUGAAUUUACUAAAUUAGAAGAAUUCGGUGAAUGGAUCUUGAAAGAAGCUGGUGAAGAUAAGAAAAACUUACCAUCCGAUGUUGAAUUAUAUAAAAAAGCUGCCGAAUUUGAUAUACUAAAAGAACCAAAGAUUGCUUGUGUCUUAGCUCAAUGUAUCUUUAGUGAAGAUAUUGUAAAUGAAGUUUCUGAACAUACUUCAUUCUUCAACAAAGUUUUCACUUCCCCAGAAUACGAAAGAAACUUUUUGGGUGGUAUUGAAAGAUACUUAGGUUUAGAACACCAAGAAUUGAUCCCUCAAUUGCCAAAAGUUUUAGUUCAAUUGUACAAUAAUGAUAUUAUUUCUGAAGAUGAAAUCAUGUCCUUCGGUGCUAAAUGUUCCAAGAAGUUUGUUCCAAAGGAUAUUUCCAAGAAGGUUCGUAGAGCUGCUAAACCAUUUAUCACCUGGUUAGAAAAUGCAGAAAGUGACGAAGAAGAAGAAGAUAGCGACGAUGAAGAAUAA